UUGUACUUUUAUAGACACUUCCCCAACCGUCCGCUUGUGAGUGUGUGUGUGAGAGAGAGAGAGUGCGAGUGAGAGAGAUGAGCAGACUGUGCGCGGGACAGUAUGAGGAAGUAGUGAGUGUGUGUUGGUGCUGAGUGUAGAGGGGUAUGAUGGUGCAGGUUUGGGUAAAGACCCUGAUAGUGUGUGUGAGUGUGUGUGUGAGUGUGUGUAGGGGAGCUGGUUCUCCUCCGCACGUGGUCUUCGUACUUGCGGAUGAUCUGGGCUGGAAUGAUGUGGGUUUUCGCGGCUCUGAGAUCCGGACCCCGGAACUGGACCGGCUGGCUGCAGCGGGGGUCCGGCUGGACGGGUAUUAUGUCCAGCCGCUCUGCACCCCGUCCAGGAACCAACUAAUGACCGGCAGGUACCAGAUUCACACAGGGAUGCAGCACCAGAUAAUCUGGCCGUGCCAGCCGUACUGCGUCCCUCUGGAGGAGAAGCUGCUGCCACAGCUGAUGAAGGAGGCAGGUUACUCCACCCACAUGGUGGGCAAAUGGCAUUUGGGCAUGUACAGAAAAGAGUGCCUGCCCACACGGCGUGGUUUCGACUCCUACUUCGGAUACCUAACCGGUUCUGAGGAUUAUUUCACCCAUCAGCGAUGCUCUUACAUCACUCCACUGAAUGUCACUCGCUGUGCCCUGGAUCUGAGGGAUGGGGAGCAGGUUGCUAAGGGUUACAAUGGCUCCUUCUCUACCGAGCUCUUCACUCAGAGAGCAACCAGCAUUAUUCAGCAGCACAAACCCAACCAGCCCCUCUUUCUCUAUGUGGCUCUGCAGGCGGUUCAUGCUCCUCUGCAAGUGCCUAAGCGCUACACCACCCCCUAUGAUUUCAUUAAGGACAAGAAUCGGCGAGUGUAUGCAGGCAUGGUGUCAGCAAUGGAUGAGGCUGUGGGAAACAUCAGCAGAGCCCUGCAGGACGCUGGACUGUGGAACAACACUGUGCUCAUCUUCUCCACAGAUAAUGGGGGGCAAACGCUAUCUGGGGGGAACAACUGGCCUCUCCGGGGCAGAAAGUGGAGCCUCUGGGAGGGUGGAGUCAGAGGCGUGGGCUUCGUAAACAGCCCUCUACUGGAGCGCCCGGGAACCGUCAGCCGAGAGCUGAUCCACAUUUCUGACUGGCUGCCUACUCUAGUGGGUCUGGCUGGUGGAUCCACCAAUGGCACAAAGCCGCUGGAUGGGUUUAACGUGUGGGAUGCUAUCAGUAAAGGAAAAGCUUCUCCUAGACUGGAACUGCUGCACAAUAUCGAUCCAAUGUAUGAUGAUGUCGCUCCAUGUACUGGAGAGAAUGUAGAGUUUCAUGAAACCAACCAUCUGUUUUCACGGAGACAGGCCAUCUCAGAUUUACGCCAAUGGUCCCGUCCAUUUAAUGUGUCGAUACACGCCGCCAUCCGUUACGGCAAAUGGAAGCUCCUGACUGGUUACCCAGGUUGUCCCCUGUGGUUCCCUCCUCCAGGUGUGGCGGGUGGGAAGGGGGUCUCUGUCACACCUGAGCCGCUCAAACAGGUAAUGCUGUUCAACAUUGAGCUGGACCCUGAAGAGAGAAACGAGAUCUCUGCGCACCACCCAGAGACCGUCAACUUCCUGCUGAGGCGGCUGGAACACUACCAGGAGCAGGCAGUGCCCAUCACCUUCCCUCUGGAUGAUCCAGGCUGUGACCCCGAGCGGACGGGAGCCUGGGGGCCGUGGGCCUGAGCUGCAGAUCGGGGGGGGGGGGGGGGGGGGGGGGGGGGUUCAGGGCAGGAGGUGGUGAUGGAUGGCUGGAAUAGUUUGAAGGAAAAAGGGAUUAAUACAGUUUUCACUCCGGGUGAAUUUUUCGAGUGAAAAAUCGUGCCUGCAGCACUUACCACACAUUGGGAGCUCUGAGUAUGAGCUAAAUUUCUCAGGGGGAUUUAUCUACACUCUCACACUAAGCACACACAUUCCAUUACAAUUAAAGGCCGCUACAGGCUGAAUUAUUGUUGUACCAUUUUUUUUUCUUGUAAUAUACAGCGCACACCAGAAUUGACCAAAGUUUUCUGAAAAUUUGAUGCCCUAAAAAAAAAAUAGCCCGUAAUUUUUGAUUCGCCACUAAUCAGCACAAUGCUAACUGCAUGCUUAAAUCCUUGCACACUCGCCUCAAUACAACAUUUAUUAAUAAUAGUCCAGCUCUAUGAUUUUGGGUGCUUUAACACUUUUCUUGUCUGGUCCGAACCUUAAGGAUUUUCCUUUUAGACCUUUGGUCUGAACUGAAUUACCAGAUGUUGCAAAGAUACUGCAAACCACGUUCUGAAGAUCUCUUGAACCAUGUUCAUUUUACAGGAAUUGAUAGAAAAGGAAAAAGAAGAGGAAAAAGAACCAAUGUUGUGCCAAAUCUGACGUUGCUUUAAUAGCACUUGUCACAAAGCAGUAUGGGUACAGCAGAUGAGGCUGGUGAUUCCAUAUCUACAGUAACUGUUGUUUUAAACCUUAUUUAUGAACAGAAAUAAAAGGAACCGGAGACAAAUCUGUCAAACUUAUUCUGCUGUGUGAUGAGCCUGCAUUCACAGGGAGUUGGAUUCUGGCAGGGAGGCAGAAUUUGGCACAACAUUCAAAAAGGCAAGUCAGUGUAAAGUAAAGUAAAGUAAAGGGAGAUGAAGGCCAUGUAGGUGAUGACGACAGAACAUAGACAAGUUCUAUAGUGCGUUCAGUCACUAAACUGCAGUGAUUUAAACUCUGAUUCGGACUUUCAGGUGUGAAAACACCUCAAAAAAUCCUUUUUGGACCUGCUUCACAGUUUAAAGUGGAAUGGAAAAUACAAACAAGGCAAAGUCCGCUUUGUUUGCCACAUUGUGGAGGCAUGCAGUUGUUCAUAGACACUAUAUGACUGCAGUUAACACAGUAGUAAGUGGUUCACAAACACCACUAGCAGUGGGUUUUUUGUGUUGGCUCAUUUCUGGUAGGAGCAGAACACAAGAUCUAUAUUUUUGGGUCUAUCAAUACUAACUUUAAAUGGUCUGAAUGAAAGAACUUUUGUAAGUCUUUUAGGAUAAGAGCAUCUGCUAAAUGUUUUAAAUAGACACAGAAGUAACCUUUUUUUACUUGUUAUCUACAGUUGCCAAAGAAGCAUCAAAUUCAUUUAGGUUGAUUAACUGUAUUUCGGGAGUGGGGAGGGAUAUUUGGUGGGGGGACCGAGUAGAGAGCUGAUUACUGUGCCUUUAAAAUGUGUUUAUAUCUGAUCUUCAGUUUAUAACUGAGUUCAGUUAUAGCUGUGAACGUGCAAAUGAACUGUUGUUUAAACUGUUGUUUCUCAACCCUGGUCCUGGAGGCUCACUGUUAUGCACAUUUUAGUGCUUUUUCUGCAUUAACACACCUACUUGAACCAGAGAAUUGCCACUGACCGCUGUAUGAAUGGGAUUUCUCUUAAUGCUAAUCAUGGUGCCUGUUUUUGGAUUAAGUCCUGCCCUUCAACAAAAAGAGCCAAUCAGCUUGCUGGUUGUGCCAAGAGAGGAGAAAAGUAAGUGUGCUGUGGGGAUACUGGCUGUGGAGAUGUGCAAGUGCAGCAGCAAACAUUACAAACUGCUUACAAGAUUUUUAUCAGAUUUUAGCAGCGAUGCAAAAUAUGCAGUUCAGCUGGUAAUUAGACCUACAGUUUAGAGUUUAUUGGUCUCUCCCCAUUUAAACAUGAUGUAUGUGAUGGCCGUCUAGUGACCUUACUCGCCAAUAAAGACUUUGCUUUAAUUCAAUAAUGAACGUAUUAGCUGGAUCAUGGGUAUUGAAGUGGGCCUCCAGGACCAGGGUUGAAAAACACUGUUUUAAAAGGGUUGUCCAAUGUUUUUUCUGCUUUUUUUGCCUCAAAAUAAAGAUUUUGAUUAACUCAAA